AUGAGUAAACGAUUGUUUACCCUCGAUGGAGGGAAAAUAAGUGAAUUUGAAAGACUAGGGUUGAGUCAUUUUGAUUUUUUAUCAUGUAAAUAUAAUGAAGAAGAAAAAAUAAAAGGAAUAGAAAGUCUGGAGAAGAUCCAUUUAAGCUACCUAUUAAGUGGAUCAAAUAUAAUAACUACUAAUACUUAUCAAGUUAAUUUACAUAGUUUAAAAGAAAAUAAUAUAAGUAUUGAAAAAGGAAAAGAAAUUAUAAAUACAUAUAUAGAUAUAGCAUAUGAAAGUUGUGAAAAAUAUAAACAAAUAAAAAAAAGAAAUACAUGUUUAUAUUCCGAUUUAGAAACAUAUAAAUCACCAUAUGAUUAUGUUAAUCAUUUUCAAAAUAUUAGACAAAAUUUAAAUGUUUGUAAUAUUAAUGAUCAAAUUAAUGUACAAGAAUAUUUUAAUUAUGUAGAUUUACAAAAUGAUAUACUUGAAAAAAAAAUUAAAAUGACAAAAUCGUCAGAUAAUUUUAUUGCAUUUUCUAAUGGAUCCUAUAAUUCAUCGUUUCAAAAUUUUACUGAAUAUUCCGGGGUCUUUCAAAAGGGGAAAAUAUCACAAGGUGAGGAAAAAGAAAAAAAUAAAGCCAGCAAAUUGCAAAGAAAUAAAAUGAACAAGGUACAGAACAAGGUACAGAACAAGGUACAAAACAAACUAACCAAUCAGUAUGACAUAAGAUUAAACCUAAUUCCGUUUAAAAAAACUUUCAAAGAAGUUAGAAGUCCCAUUGAAAUGAUUCCAAAGUGUAAAAAGGUAUAUGAAAAAUGUGAAACAAAUGAGGAUAACAAUUUUAAAUAUAAUUUUUUACAAACACAAAAAUUAUUUAAUUAUGGAAUCGAAUAUUAUAUAGAUGUAACAGAUGAAGAAAUAUUAGCUAAUUGUAAAUUUAAAUUAGAAUCAUUUUGUAGAAAUAAAAAUAAAUUAAAUUUUUUUUCAUUAUUAACAUGUACAAAUAUAAGAGAAGUAUUCACAUUUUAUAAUGCCAUAAAAUAUUAUGCAACAAGCUUUAAUAAUAAUGUAAUUAUAAAUUUUUUUUGUAACGAUCCGAAAAAUAUUGGAUGCUCAAAUUAUUCUUUUUUUGAUAUUGUAUCAUUAUUAUUAUAUUUAGAUUCAUAUAAUAAAUAUAUUUAUGCCAUUGGCUUAAAUUGUGUUAAUAUUAAUUAUGCUCAUAAUUUGUUUUUACCAUUUAAAAAAUAUAUGUCUAAAUAUAAUAAUAUAAAUAUUGAAUUAUAUAAAAGUGAAAAUCAACAAAUAAAUCCAUUCAUUAAAAAUAUAUUGAGUAAUAUAAAAAAAAAUAGAUAUAUUUAUGAUGUUAAUUUUUUUUGCUCCCCAAAUAAAACAUUAGACAAAGUUUCUUUUGAUAAUAAUACUGUCAAUUUUCAAACCCAUUCUAAAAACAAAAAAAUGCAUGUUUAUAAUCAUAUCGAAAAAUGGAUUGAUGUAGGAAUAAAUGGAUUUGGUGGAUGUUGCUACUACACUCCCUAUGACAUUUCAUUGAUUAAUUAUGGAUUGUCCAAGAUAGCUACAUAA